AUGCUAUUGCGUCGUUCGCUGUUUAUGCUCGACAUUCUUGUCCUUCUAGCCGUCGUCGUCUUCUUGGUUCUUCUUCCGGCUGAGAGAUGCCUAAACUUUGAAACCAAAUCCACGACACCAUCCACUAACUCUAAAACAUGCCUUCUCCACCCGGUCCAUCAUCCGGAAUUCAGCUUCACAAAGAAUCUGGAAACCAAUGAGCAUUUGAAAAAUAAUGCACAACACUUGGUUACUGUAUGUCAUCGUCUUCAAUGGUCCCAUUACAAUGUUUGGGAUAAUAUGUACUUGAUCCUCCUGCCUGCCAUCGUUUGUAUCUGUCUCAUUUUCUAUACAGUGGCCGAGAUUCUGGAAUUCGACUAUUUUGUGGGAACGGUUCAAAGCACUGGACUGAUUGCGAUCACCUUCUUGGUGGUGAUUUAUACAGUCGGAAUAAUCAGCCACGAGAAAAACCGUAUCCAAACCGAAUGGCCGCUGCUUGCUCAUGCUCAUCUCCUCGGAGCCAAAGACGGCGAGACUACUGUAGAUGUGCCCACCACGUGGCAAUACAGUAUCCUCAUGUGUCUCCUUUCGGCACUUUUCAAAGUGGGACGUAUCCUGAUUCAGCACUUUAUUGGUGAUAAAAAAAUCUUCCUUGACGACGACAGCCAGCGUGACACGCAUAACCAAAAUGGGCCAACUCCGAAAUUUGGAAAUUUCGAGAGCACAGAGGUCGCUGGAACUACUCGAAUGCUCAAUGAGUCGAGAUACUCGAGAAUUGAAACUGACUAA